AUGGAGAGCAGCAGGGCUCGGCCGUGGCAGUUCCACGCGCAAGCGGCGGCAGCGGCGGCGGAGCUUUGGCUGUCUUUGGCGCCGGCGGGAAGCAUCCAGGUAAUAAGGUCAAGGGAGGAUCAAUUAGCUGAGGCAGCAACGCCGACGGCGCGCGUGGGCGGCAAGGAUGUGCGUUUGUUCCAGUGCCUCUUCUGCGACAGGACGUUCCUCAAGUCGCAGGCGCUGGGGGGGCACCAGAACGCGCACAGGAAAGACCACCGCCUGGCAGCCGGCUUCAGCGACCCCUACGGGGAAGAAGGAGAAGACCAGGCCCACUACUACGGCCACGGCCAUGGGCCCUUCGCGGGCCUCGCUUCGCACGCCGGCCAUGGCCAUGGGCCACCCGUUGAUGGCGGCAGCGGCAGGUGGGCCGCGGCGGCCGGCAGAGGCGCCGCUCCUCGCCUCCCGGAGACGGCUGCCGGCGCGGUGGCCGUGGACAUGCAGAUGCAGAUGCAGAUGCUCAGCCGGCCGAGGGCUUCCGUCUCCGGCGCCGGCGCCGGCGAGACGCUUGACCUCGAGCUCCGCCUCUAG